AUGACAAUGACAGCCAAUAAGUUUAAUGACGUUACAUUUAACCAGGAUGAUUCCUGCUUCAGUGUAGCCAGUGAUGAUGGAUUCAAAAUUUGUAACACAUUCCCUUUACAAGUUAAGCUGGUCCAACAGUUUGUAGAUUAUAAUGAUAAAGCUAAAGGGAUUGGAAAGACUAGGAUGUUGAACAGGUCGAAUUAUAUUGCUUUGGUUGGUGGUGGGAAAGAGCCUCGUUAUCCAUUGAAUAGGUUAAUUAUUUGGGAUGAUUUAGUAGGGAAGGAAAGCAUUAAGUUAAAUUUUAUGUCAGCAGUGAGAGAAGUGUAUAUAUCUAGAUGUUUUAUUGUGGUUAUUCUGGAUACUAAGAUAUGUUUGUAUUCUUUUGGAAAGACGCCUAAAAGAUUAAUGAACGAUAUUGAUAUUCCUAAUGGAUCCUUCGUUGAUUAUAAGAGUACUAAUUCACAUGACGAUAAUUCUAGCAAUGGUAUACUAUGUUAUGAAAGUAAUAAGUACAGAGGUCAGAUUCAUGUAAUGAACCUUGAUAAGAUAUCAAAGAAUGAUAAACAGGAUCAUAUUUUACCUACAAUGAUUAUUAAAGCACAUAAGAGUGAAAUCCAGAUGAUUAAAUUAAACCAUCAGGGAACAAUGGUUGCUACUUGUUCAAAGAAAGGAACUUUGAUUAGAGUCAUGAACGUCCAAAACGGAACUUUAAUUAAUGAAUUUAGAAGAGGCAUAGAGAAUGCGGAGAUUUAUGAUAUGGAAUUUAGUCCCAGAGGUAGUAAACUUGCAGUUAUUUCAAAUAAACAAACAUUGCAUAUCUUUGAACUUUUUAAUGAAAAGAUAUCAUCAAAUGGUAAAAACCAGAAUAAUAAUGGUAAAUCCAAUGAGCCCAUAGAGAGUGAGAAUGUUUAUAAUAAGAGAUUACAAAAUUUGAAUAGUAUGGUUCCAAAGAAAUGGAGUAUUCAAUAUUUAGAUUCUGUAUGGUCCAUGUGUAGUAUUCAUUUGAAGAAUCCCCUUCUUAAAAGUUCACAAGGUAUACAUGCUAAUCAUAAUGGGUAUGAUAGUCAGUUUGAGAAAGAUAGAUGUAAGAUUGGUUGGUGCCAUUCUUCUAAUGUAGAUGAUAGCAAUGGUAGAAGUCAUGGCCAAGAAGACGAUGAAAUUGACAACAGUGAAGACAGUUUAGUAUUGAUUUGGAAAAGUAGUGGUAUAUGGGAGAAAUAUGUCAUUUUAGAAAAGAGUGUACCAAUUGGCAAAAAUGGCAGUAGUAAUGGGACCUCAGAAGGAAAUGUGAAGUAUUUCUCCGUAGGUGAAAGUUUGGGACAAAGUGGAAGGCAUAGAGACACUAUGCAAACUCAUAAAAGAAGAUGGGAAAUUGUUAGAGAAUCAUGGAGGGAGUUAUAA